UUGCUUUUUGUAGGCACAGAUACUUCCACAUUUGCUGGGUUUAGAGCUUGCAGCUGUUUGAAAGGAUUUCAUCGUACCCAUCUUUUUGAAGGCUGCACACAAUGCGAUGACGAAGGAUUACAAUGUGUGGAUGACCAUGUUAAGCUGAAGAAGGGUUACUGGUGGAAAUGGGAGAAUCAGACCCACAUGCAAUUUUAUGAAUCAUUUGCACGUAAUCUCUUGGAUUCAAGGAACUCUUCCUCAACUAAUGCUUCCCUUAUCGAGUUCCCAUACACUGUUCCUAUGCCGCACAAAUGCCCACAACAAGAGGCUUGCUAUGGUGGUUUCAAUUCUUCUUGCGCUGACGGCUAUCAAGGACCGCUGUGUGAAAUUUGUAGUGAUGGCUACUAUAAACAGUUUCAAACGUGCAAAAAGUGCCCAACUAGGAAAUGGAUGAUCGGACAACUGUCUAUAGUGAUGGCAGUUAUCCUGGUCGUUAUUUUAGUUAUCCUAUGGUCAAGUAAAAAGAAGCAAGAGAAUGCGAAAAAAGGAAGAUCCACAGUGGAUAUAAUACUUGGAAGUCUGAAAAUUGUCAUUGGCUUUUACCAGGUAACUGAUGGACUGUUACAGACAUUUUCGUAUAUCAAAUGGCCAGAUUCUCUUUCUGUCAUUGGAAAAUAUUCGGAGAUGAUACAGCUUAAUGUAUUCCAGAUUGCGCCUCUUCACUGCAUCUUUCCUGAAUUAAAGGUCAAUGCCUUUAAGAGCUUGUUUGCAAUUCUUGCAAUGAAUGCCACAGCCAUCAUUGUGACCAUUCUCAUUUAUUGUUUACGAAAGCUUCUACUCGAACGGAGUGCUUCCUCCAAAGAAGAAAAGUUAAGGAAAUCUUCUCAAACGAAAGAGCUGAUCUUGAGAAACCUGUUUUUCUUCCUGUACGUGACAUAUCUCAGUACCUGCUCCAACACAGCUAGUGUGCUUCCCCCAACUUGCCGUCUGCUUUGUUCGGACAAAACGAAAACCCACUGUCAAAAGUUUCUUAAGACUGACUACAGUAUCGACUGUGAGAGUACAAACUACAGUCGAUCAGUCAUCGUUGCCUACAUUGCAGUCGCUUACGUACUACUUCUUCCCACAGCAUCACUUAUAGCUCUCUGGAAAGCGCGAAUGACCGUUGCAAGUCAGAAUAAAAUGGAAUACGAGCACCAAAAUCCUGAUAUCGAAGUGAAAAGCAGCGAACUCACCACAGGCUUACGAUUCCUUUUCGAAAACUACCAUCCGCGCUCGUGGUACUGGGAGCUGGUCGAUACAGUGCGGAAGGUGGUCCUCACAUCAGGUCUGAUCUUGGUUGGUGGUGAAAGCAGAGCAUAUGUCGGACUGGCUUGCGUCAUGUCAGGACUGUAUGGAAUGUUUUUUGCUUAUGCCAGCCCUAUAGCGGAUCCAUUCGAGAACAGACUAAUGCUGAUAUCUCUUGCUGUGACCUUUGUAAACUUGGGAAUAGGAGCUGUGAGUAAGAUAAACAGCGAGAACAUUCCAGCCUCAAUCGAUCUAUAUGUGGAUAACAUCAUGUUCAAGGUACUGGUGUUUGGAGCAAAUUCUUUGGUAAUCGGUCUUCUCGUAGGUAAGUUAAGUCUAAAACUACUUCAGUUAUUAAUUUACCCUUCAAUAGUAUAAAAUUCAACCCUGGGUAUUGUUAUUAAUGACAUUAUAGGGGAAUCAAUCUUACCUGGGACAAGCCCAAGAUCAAAAUCUGGAACCCCACUUACUCACUGGGGUGGGCGGGUGAGUCGCCAAUGGCCCUUCGUGUCGGGCAAAGUGAAGUGAAUGGGACAAAAUGUACCAGUAUUUCCUAUUAUAUAUACUCAUUUGCAUAUCAUUAAUUAAUCCUCGGGGUUGAUAUUUACAAUUCAAAUGGAACGUGAACAGCAAGCCUAAGCAACCACGACGACGAAAACAUUAACGUCAAAAAAAAAAAACAGAAACGUUGCCUACAUUUGACAAUUUGAGCGGGUCCAAAUAGACGUCGUCUUUUCCGUCGUCGUUGCUUAAGCUCCCCAAUCACAAGUAGGGCAAUGUCAGCUCCGUUCUUGCUUUUUGUUUGCGGCCAAAAUUUAGUUCACGAUGUAAAUCGGUUUAGCUUCAAUUGCCAUUCUAACUCUAACUGUAUUACUGUAAUGCCUUGAGGUAGCGCUUAUGUCCAGGUUUGCAAGCAGCUGCAAAAUUUGGGAUUUUUCGCGUCCUUGCAAAAAUUGCACGGUUCACAAUUGAUCGCGUUUCUCACAGUCAGUGAUCUUCACAAGUUGUUAUGAGUAUUAAAGCAAGUAAGUAAGUGUGUAUGUAAGUACUCCUAAGUCCGUCCGUCAGUAAGUACGUAAUCCAUAAGACUUGAACUUAAAGCUAAAAUAUUCAUAGAGAAGUGUUAAGACAGUACAAGAGAGGACUCCGCCUUAUAAAACGUCAAGUCAACGAGUACGUUUUAAGGUGUUUUUGAAAGGGAUGAGAUGACUGCAGACAGUCUUAAGUAUACGUAACUAUGACUUCUGUUUCUUUGCAGUUCAGUAUAUUGUAUACAUCUAUCGCUUUAUAAAAGAAUGGCUCAAGAAUCCCAAGUGCUCUUUCUCCUGCUGUCUGACCUUGCUGCUGCCUUUGAAUGACUUGCAAGGAGAAGUACGUAGAUUUUCUGGAAGGAAUGUUUUUAAGAACCAACUGCAAACCGGAAAAAUGAAUAUGCCGUCAAUUUCAACCUCUUUCCAAGAUACUGGUGCUAUUAACUUUAGUUUGGAAGAAGAUCAACCCAAUCUGGCAGGUGGAAGGAAUUCUGAUCAUGAGGAAACACCUGCAAACAAGAGCGACAAACAAACCCAGACUCGAGAAAGCGGGAAAGAAUCCAUCUUUACCAAAAUUUCAGUUCAUGAAGUUCCAAAAAUGGCAUGCGAUACGUCUUUUUAA